GGAAGGCGCCAGAAAGAGAAACUCUCCUAACGACACAGCUUCAAAACGCAGAGGAGAGGCCAGCAGAGAGAGAGAGGAACCGGUUCUAGGCGGUGAGGAGCAGCGUUGGAGUGAGCGGCGAGAGUGGGGGACCAUGCGCAUCAGAACACGACACCGGCGCCUGUGGCAUUAUGUAUCAAUCGGACAGCCACGCUCUUGUUUCAACCAUGCUCAUCAAGGAAGGGAGAAGGCGAUGGUGUCAAAAAAAAAAGAAAGAAAGAAAAGAAAAGCGCGAACAAAGAGCGAUAAGGCUCUACGCACCGCCGAAACCCUGGAACCUUUGACAAGUUUACUUUCCAUUCGCCGAAGUCUCUCCCCCGACUGUGACGCUCAGCUCAGCCCGCCCGAAGCGAUCCUCCGGUCACAACCCAUUGCUCAUGGGUUUUUCUUCCGCACAGCAUGAAUGGACACGCCGCAGCGCUGCUGCUAGUUCGGUUCACCAUUUAAAGUGUUCGCCGCUUGUGUCCGCCGCCUCCUUUCGCUGCGCCGUCCGCACGACACGGAGUUCGCGCUGAAGCUACGCACACAACGCGGGAGCUGCUCGUCGCUUCCGGCGUUGAUUGGACGUGCCAGAUGUACGGCAAUAACCCUUCGCAAUGGUACAGGCACCAAAAAAGCAUGGGCCAGACAGCGUUCACAGCUGGUUCACGGCGGGCGCCUGUGCCUUCUCGGUCUUCUUCGCGCUGGCCCCGCUGCGUGCCUUCGGUGUCCUCUUCGUGGCCAUCAUGCAGGAGUUCGGCGCCAACAGGGAAGAGGCCUCGUGGACACUCAUGCUGCUGGGCGGCGCCAGGGUGCUGUCGGGUCUGUUGGCCGGUCCGCUUGCGCAGCGUUUCACGACGAGACCGGUCAUCAUCCUUGGCAGUGUCAUCUCGGCUGGAGGCGUCAUGCUGGCCUACUUUGCCACGAACAUGUGGAGCCUUCACCUUACGCUAGGCAUUGUUCACGGUUUUGGCUCAGGCAUUGUCUACGCCAUGAACCCGGUGCUGAUCAGCGAGCACUUUGUGAAGUACCAGACGAUUGCCACGGGUGUCUGUUUUGCCGGCUCUACGCUAGGCAGCUUCGUGUUCCCCAAGCUCAUUGAGAACCUCAUCGCGUGGUACGGCUUCCAAGAGGCAAUGCUCCUCUUCGGAGCGAUGAUCCUGAAUGCGGUUCCGUUCAGCCUGUUCCUGCGUCAGCCCCGGUGGCUCAAGCGAUGCGGCACCUCGGUGGAAUCACUCAUCACCGUGGCCAGCGCUGACGAGAAGUCAUCCUCACAGUUGCCGUACGUCAUUCCAGUGCGUCUUGACAACGCAUCCAAGGUUCCUGAAGUGGGACCAGUGUUACACCCAGACAUCGCCAUCGCGCAAAGCCGCCGCAGAAGUACCUGCCUGCUGUGCGGCUUGGAUGUGCUGCGGAUUCCCAUGUUGUACCUAGUCAUGUUCUCCUCCGUGGCCUUCAACCUCGGCUACGACUGCUACAACUCGCUGCUUGUCGACUUCGCCGUCGACAGAGGCAUCGCGCAAAGCAGCGCCAUCACGAUGACGUCGCUCAGCUCUCUGGCCGACCUCGUGGGCCGGCUGGGGCUGCCCGUGCUUGCCGACCGGCGGCUGUUCACCAGACGUACGCUCAUGGCCAUGGUGCUGGCGCUGGUCGGAGUCAUGUACAUGCUGCUACCCCAGUGUACGCAGUACGCGUCCUUGUUCGCGCUGGCCGCGGCUAUCGCUUUUCUGCUAGGCAGUGGCGUCGUCCUGUUUCCCGUGAUACUCGUUGACUGCGUGGGGCUCGACAGAAUCGCCAUGGCGACGGGUCUGCUUACCGCGCUGUCCGCAACGUUCUCCUUCGCCAAGCCAUCUCUUAUAGGAUUCUUUCGCGAUACGCUGGGUUCCUAUGACCUGUUGUUUGUGGCAUGCGGCACGGUGGCCAUAACGACGUCGGUGGCAUGGGUCCUCGUCAGCUUUGUCAUGUGGCGGAAGCGUAGCACAUGGACUCCGGACACAGUCAUCGGAGGAAAAUCAGAAGCAGGCUCCGGAAGGUUCUCCUAUUACCCUCGGCUAAUCUACAUCGGGGAUGGCCGGUACAUGGAGACGCGGAAGUCGAGGACACCCAGCACCAUAACAGUCCUGUAUUGAUCAUGUGGACUGUCAUGCUCAACGCCUGUGCACCGUGCCUCUACUUACAACGACAGGCGGGUUUCGUCAAAUAGCCUGUGCUUGGUCCCGUGCCAACAGGAAAGGCAGGCACACGAAUCGGACAAACGCUAUUGUGGUGCAGUGUUGAAAUGAAACAAAUGCUGGUACAGUGUUGACCAUUUAUAUAUACAGAGGUGCAAAAUGUUUUGUUGUUCACAAAGUCAUUUGUAACAUAGGCAAUUAGCAGUGGUAGAACAAGAAAUGUCAAUCAAGCCAGAAUUUCGACAACACGACUUGUCUUUGUCCGUCCUCAAUAGCUUUGUGUUAAAUGCUUGUCGACGAUGACGAGUCACCAAACGCUGGUUCAGCGACAUUCCUCGUUCUACCAGGGCUAGUUACUUCAGGCCUCCAUCUUCUUGUGUACAUAUAUAUUCCUUCAUUAUCGUGCGCGUUAUUUUUACUUGUUUCACGUAUCUGUGUUCAUCCGAAGCGUAUAAACUUCUACCUUUUCAACUUCCUCCUCCUGCGUGAAUAUGGAGAACUUGCAAUUGCGACUCGUCGAGUGUAAUUUAUGAAGGCCACUGAAGAGCGUUCCUGUUAGGCAUAGAGGGAGCUCUAAAACGAUGCCGUGUGCAUGUUAGAAGAUAACAUAUAUUCCACCGAAAUUUCAAGGCUGGCUCCUUACACCACAGCUGUGCAACUUUAUGAAGGGGACACUAAUGUAGGCGCAUAUGUGCCCUGAGUGUGUGUUUUCUUCUUCGAGCAGAUGUUACUGAGUUUUGCAAAAACAAUUUCACCUAACUGUCAAGUACGAGCAUCUAAAUACGUCAUGUUUUUUUAAAGCUAACGACUGCUGUUUUUACUUAGAGAAAAAUAUGUGAAAAACGAUACAUAGUCCUGACACACUAAGCAAUACAUUGCUGUUCGCCGGCGUGUGAUUUUAAAGCAACGCUUUCUUCGUAUUUUUCUUCGACUUUCACGCUACUGAUACUGCUGCUGCUGUUUUGCGCGUCGCGUUGGGCCUUGGUUGAGACCGCGUAGUAUCUACUUGGGAAGAGCACAGGAGAGAGGGAACGAUGGAAGAGAGGAAGAAACGUUAACAGCAAAAAGUUUGCCUCGCCAGGGUUUCAGGCCGCUAAAUGUGCAUACAAACAUCACGUAUUCUUUACUCUUGGCAGCUUGCAGGGUGGCCCCACAUUGCACGGUAUCUCCGCUAGAUUUAAUACCAAAUGCCACCACCUUCGGCGCCACCACAAGUGUAAACGUGAGGCAGCAGGUUUCACACUUCUGCUUCCACGCGCCCUUGCUCAACAUUUCUUCUCCCACUCCAGCGUGAACAUUGCACUACGAAAGCGGCGGCCCAGCACGUCCGAGGCGAUACGCUCUGUAAGGCAGUGACAGUGCAAAUCAUCCAGCCGGCUACGAGCAAUGACAUUAGGAACGCCGUAAGCAAACAAGUAUUGCUUCUUCUUUUCUAUGCACUGCAUGGAAAAACACAAGUGCUGGAACACAGAUAAUAUUAAAUACCAGUUGACCACAUUGCACUUAGCAUUCAACAGCAUCAAAUUUAGGCGUCAAAACCAGUCCCAAGUAGCAUGAAUCAGCGCAAACACUGAAAACAGCUUUGCUUAAACCGAUUCCCGCAGUACGCGAGUUCCAGGUUACUUUUCAUGAUUAUGUCUGUGCCCCUUCAACGGCAAGAAUCUGUUACUGUCCAGAUUGCUGGCGUAGUAAUCUUCCUGAACAACAACAGGAAUGUAUGCACAACAGCUCCGUCGAUAGCUCAGUUGGUAGAGGGGUGGACUCUAGGAGUUCUGCGGAAGAAUGUAUGCAAGGAACACUAAAAAAUUUAUUACGCACCAUGAACAAAUUAGAAGGCAUGCACGGUGCAGUACAUUCAGUUACGUACCCCUAUAGUUCGCCCCUUUUUAGUGCACGUUCCUUUAGUCUGCAUUCACAGCAUGCAUAAUAGAUACCCAGCAAGUGUGUCACAAAUUUAUGAAAUGGGCGCAACGCACAAGUAUACAACAACAAUGCGUCAAUCCCAUAUCUCCUGGGGCAAUUGUCUCAGCUUGCGUGACUGUCCUUUCUGGCACAGUAUUCAGGGCGCGAUAACUGUGCCAAGUACUGUUUCUUGGAAUGACAGCACGAUUAUAACAAACAUUUUAUCUGUGAAUCAAGUACUUGCCAGGUCAAAAUUCUUCAUCGUGCAUCUUCAAGGUAAGAAGAAUGAAACGAAAGGCAAGCAGGUCUGCAUCGUGUAAAUGCUGCGUCAUUGGCCCCGCAAUCAUUUUGGAAGUGCGUCACUCAACUGUCAGAAUGAAUAAGUGCUGUGGGUAGUUCUUUUGAAUAAAUGUUUCUUGAAAUGCA